AUGUUUAAUUUGUUUCGUAUUAAUGGAAGAUUGUUAUCUGUUCAAGCACGAAAGGAAGUAAUAAGAACAUAUAAAUCAAAAAUGAGUGCCCCAAUUACAAUCACGUACGAUGAGACAAGGAAAGUGGAACUGAUUUCUCAGUAUACCCAUAUCAAAGAAAAGAUUAGCUCUGAAGAAGCUCAACAUCAUGUCCAGCUAUUAGCUGUAUCGAAAUUGAAGCCAGCUGGUGACAUUAAGAUUCUGUAUGACCAUGGAGUAAGAGAGUUUGGUGAAAAUUAUGUGCAGGAGUUAAUUGAAAAGGCUGAAAUCCUACCUCAGGACAUUAAAUGGCACUUUAUUGGUGGGCUACAGACUAAUAAAUGCAAGGACUUGGCUAAGAUCCCCAAUUUAUAUUGCGUCGAAACAGUGGAUUCCUUAAAAAAGGCAAAGAAAUUGAAUGAGGCAAGGGGUAAAUUCCAGCCUGAUGCAGAUGCUAUACUUUGUGAUAUUCAAAUCAAUACAUCUAAUGAGGAACAAAAAUCAGGAUUGUUCAAUAAGGAGGAAAUUUUUGAGUUGGUCAAAUUUUUCCAAGAUAAAGAUGUCGCUAAACAUAUUCGUUUGAAUGGACUGAUGACCAUUGGUUCAUGGGAAGUUUCUCAUGAGGAUCAAAGUAUAGAUAACGAUGAUUUUACAAAGUUAGGUGAGUGGAAACAAUUGAUUGACAAAGAGUUUGGAACUGAUUUGAAGAUGUCCAUGGGGAUGUCAGCAGAUUAUAAGCAGGCCAUUAGACAAGGUACUUCAGAAGUUAGAAUUGGGACUGAUAUUUUUGGUGUGAGACCACCAAAGAAUGAAGCCAAAAUUAUUUAA